AUGAUCCACCAUGAUUUAAAAAAGAAAACAAGCAGGAUUAUUUAUUUGCAUGGCUCUGACGAUGUGUGGAGUACAUUGGGUCUUAUUGAACCACGGACAAAAGACUCCGUUUCAAUUGUCAUUAAAGGAGGAUCUCAUUGUGCAGAUGUAUAUCCUUCUCGUUCAUCGGACCCACCACAGUUAAAGAAAGCUCGAAUAACUGUUGCAUUUUAUUUUAAAAAAAUGGUUGUUGGAAGAAUAAUGUUUUGCACGGAUAAAAGAUAA